AUGUCUGAACUCCUAAACGUUUUCCCAUGCCUGAAUAUUUAUUUUUGGAGUACUCCAGCUUCACCAUAUGUUUCUCAUACUCUUGUUCCCCAAGUGCUCCCCCCAGGAAGUUCUCUAGAGUGCUCCCCCAGAAAGUUCUCUAGAGUGCUCCCCCCAGAAAGUUUCUCUAAACGUCCCCCUCUAGAAAGUUCCCCCGAGUUCUCCAAACUUACAAGAUUCAGCAGAAAGCAAAGGUGGACGAAAGAAGAGCUAGACGCUCUGACUCAGGGAAUGCGUAGAUAUGGCACCUCUUGGUUUUUAAUAAAAGAACAUUUUGGUUAUAAUGGUGGGCCCUUAAGUAAGAGAAAGCCGGUGAGCCUUAAGGACAAAGCUAGGGUAGAAUUAGAAUGUAGAAUAAAAAAUAAACUGCCACUUGGCAUUUUUAAUAAAGUUAAAGUUCAUAAGAACUUUAAAUAUUAA